AUGGUACAUGUCCAAGUAGAUUGUAAAAAGAAAUACAGCAGAAUGCUUAAAACACGAACACCAGUUAAUCGGAUCCCCAUCAUGGCUAAGCAGGUAUUAGACUUGUACAUGCUUUACAAACUGGUGACCGAGAAAGGUGGCUUAGUGGAAGUUAUCAACAAGAAGAUCUGGAGAGAAAUCACCAAAGGCCUUAACCUACCUACAUCAAUAACCAGUGCAGCAUUCACUCUCAGGACGCAGUAUAUGAAGUAUUUAUAUCCUUAUGAAUGUGAAAAGAAGUCUCUGAGCUCACCAGCAGAGCUACAGGUUGCCAUAGACAGCAACAGACGAGAGGGUAGACGGCCCAGUUACAGCUCAGCAUUAUUUAGCUACUCGCCUACCACUUCUGGAACACCUGCUCUUCUCUCCCCUCCCAAACUCCAUCUCACGGCCAGCGGCAUACCUACAGUCGGAACCAAUGGCAUCCACAUGUCUCCUGGGCACGCUGUCAAAAAAGAAGAUGGAAGCACAGUGCCUCUUCACCUGUCGAACCGCAUUCAUAUUCCUGCCAGUUUAGCAAAUCAGAACACGGCGGCAGCACUUGCAAGGGCAGCAACACUAGAACAUUUAAGGGAGAAGCUUGAAACGGGUGAGCCACCUGAGAAGAAGAUGGCACGGAUCGCUGAGGAGCAGCAACGUUUUGUACAGCAGGCAUUUCAACAGAACUUAUUUGCCAUGGCAACUCAAAUUCCUAUGAAUAUCAAAAUUAAUGGCAGAGACGAUAGACAAGAAAUGGCAUUGAACCUGUCGACGAAUGGCAUUGGUAGUAUCAACAUGUCUAUAGAGAUCAAUGGCACCAUCUAUACAGGAGUUCUGUUUGCUCAGAGGCCGUCUCUUCAGGUAUUUGCGGGACCCAGCAACAGCACAAGCAGCAGCAGUAGCAUCCCACCGGGGUCUCACAACUCCCCUAGUUCUACCUCAUCAAAAAACUUUGCCUCAGCAGAGCCUUCAACCAGCAAUUCCACCUGAAGAAGGAAGCUGACAAGUGACAAAAGAAAGGACACAUCCUGAUUGUAUUUUUCUAUAUAUUAAGGCAGGGAUUAAGUGACUGAACAAUUGCACAAGUUACCUCAAACUCAAGGAACCUGUUGGACUGUUUUUGUUGUUCUUGUUAUUGUCGUUUGUUAUUGUUAUUGUUGAAAAAUAUGCAGCCAAAGCAACAGAACUGUGACUCUGAUGUCCUGACCAUGUCCUUUAUCAUGAUGUAUGCAGAAUUGACUGUUUUAUUACAUCACUGCCUGUCGCCAUUGCAGCACUGAGCAGGACGAUGGAUGUGCAAAGUGCUCGGUGAGUCUGAGCUAGUAAGUCAUGGCUGCGAUGUGCAGGACAGACGCACCACAAUUUCUCUCUUGCCAUGAUCACAAAACACAGUGGCAUGCCUUAUUGACAAUCCAGUGAAAUGUUGGUAUUGAUAUAUGUUUGUUUUUAAAGUAAGAAAGUCGUAGUUUUGAAGCAGUUAACCUAUAGACAGUAUAGUCUUUCAGGUUUCAGACUUGUUCUAAAUAUACACAAACAUGAAAAUAAUUUUUUUUAUUUACGUUUGCCACCAUGGUUUAAUGUGGUCUUGGCUGGAAAGGGUCACAGGUAUUAGUCAUGGUUGUUAGGUUAAGUGACCACAUCAUUAUUACCAGCAGCCAGGUUAACUAUGACUAUUUCUACUUAGUGCCUGUCCCACCCACCACAAAUUACAAAAAAAAAAAAAAAAAAAAAUCCCAUUAUGCAUACACAAUCAAUUUGCAUAACAGUAAUAAUAUUCAUAAAUAUGCAAGUUCAGAAUGUUCAAGUUGUUUAACUACUGGAGCCCCAUUUUGAUUAUCCUUGGUUGUCUUUUAUAUGUUUCCAUUCAAGCGAACUUUGGCAGUCUUUUUCCAGCCACAUUAUUUUUAAUGGAAGAGUGUUUUUCAUAGUAGUACAUUCAUUAAUUUUCCAGUAACUCACUUUAUCCUUUUCCAGUUUUGCAGGGAUGUUAAGCCACACAUAAGAAUUAAAUCCAUUCUUGCAGGAUGCUGAUCUUUCCCAGAAUGCACGUAAACAUACACACACACACAGUAUAUUCACACCUAUAGGCAAUUUGGAGAACACCACUUCACCUACUUGCAUGUCUUUGGGUGGUGAAGGAGAACUGGGGUACCUUUGGGAAAAUCCUUGCAGACACAGGGCAAGCAUGCAGACAAAAGGCAUGCUUUAUGAGCAUCGAACUUGAGACCUUCUUGCUGUGAGAUGGCAGAGCUACUCUCAUUGCCACUGGUCCUCUGUCUCAUAGUAAUGCAGUAUUCACCACACAUCUUUUCUUUCAAGUCAUAAUUAGUUUUCACUGCUAUUUUUCCCAAAUAUUCAGGAUCCAGUUAUUAGGCAUGUGUACUCACAUAUGUAUAGAAUGCCAUUCUGUUUUUUGUUGUCCUUGCAUCAUAUCCAGGUAAAACACAUGGGAUACAGGUCAAAGACAGAAAGGGAAGGCUGGAUCGAAAGGCUUUUUCUCUGUAUGAAAUUAAGCAAUACAAAUCUUGUUGACAACAAACUUGUUAAAAGAAAAUGUCAUACAGAGUGUGUGCAUGCAUGUGUGUGUCUCCAUAUUUACAUAUGUAUCUAUGUACACUUCUCAUACACCUUUCUUCUGCUGUAAAUGAGGUCAUCCAGGGUGUGUGUGUGUGUGUGUGUGUGUGUUUGUCUGUCUGUGGAGGCAUGAAUGUUGUGAGGGUGUGGGAUGGGGUGAUGCACCCUGCGUUUGCUGUAAACCUCAUCUGUGGUUGUGUGUGUGUGUGCAUGUAGGUGUGGGGUGUGGAUAUGGCCGGGAGUUACACUUUCUUGCACAUUCUGCUGCUGCUGUAAAUAAUUUUGAAUUUUGAG